AUGAGUUUCCUCCCCUGUGCAGGUAAGACGGAGCUCCUGUACCACCUGCUGAGUCGCUGUCUGCUGCCUCUGAGCGCCGGAGGGCUGGAGGUGGACGUUGUGUUCAUGGACACCGAUUAUAGUCUGGACAUGUUAAGACUGGUCAGCAUCCUGGACAGCAGGCUGAACGCAGCUCGCUCCUCUUCCUCCUCUGGUUCUGAUGAAGAGCUGUUGGGUUCCUGUCUCUCUCGCCUCCUCGUCGUCCAUUGCUCCUCUUCCUCCCAGCUGCUCCUCACGCUCCACUUCUUGGAGACGACCUUGACCUCUCGACCCCGCGUCGCCCUGCUGCUCAUCGACAGCAUCUCCGCUUUCUAUUGGCCGGACCGCUGCGAGGGCGGGACCAGCAUCACCAAGCAGGAAGAGAAACUCAGCAAGUGUGCCGAGCUGCUGGGACGACUGCUCAGGGAUUACCGGAUCACCGUCUUCGCCACCUGCCACGCCAUCAGGAGGAACUACAGUGGACCUUCCUCUUUUUCUUCCUCCUCCUCUUCCUCUUCCUCCUCGGACAUCGACAGACCGUACCUCUGCCGCCCCUGGCAGCGUCUCGUAACCCACCGGCUACUCUGCUCCAGGCAGGAAACUACAAACAUGGCCGCCAACAACAACAGGGAACCAAAAAGACGUCAGAUGUUCACAGUUCACUGCACCUCCUCUUCCUCCUCUUCCUCUUCUUCUAAAACCAAGUCGUACAGGAGCAGCUCCUUCUGCAUAACAGACGCCGGGGUGGAGUUUAUCUGAACGUAUCGUGAUCUGCAAGAGAACCCGUUUCUGUGUUUGUGUAUAUUUGAGUUAUUGUUUACAUGCAUUUGUCAAUAAAGCUGUAAUACCGCUGUGAUCCAGCAGGUGUUUCUGUUUGUAUCAGGUCUCCUCUGCACAGCAGGGAGUCCCAGACACAUCAGCAGCAAAGAAUACAUUUAUUAAAAUAUGUAUUAUAUAUUUUAAA